CAGAGGCCCCCUGAGAAUCAUUAUCAAGUCUCUGAAGGGUUACCUGCAAUGAAGAUCUGGUGUACAUACAUGUUCUGUGCCUGAUAGCGGCAGGACAAGAUGAAAUUGACUAAGCGUAGAACAAGGGACUCGGGACAACAGGAAGGACUUGGCUUUGAGAAGCACUAAGUUUAAAUUCCAGAUUAACAGACUUUCAGCUGCUGAGGAGCUAGGAGGCUCAAACUCCAUCUUGUCUGGGCUGGGGACAAGACUUGAAGCGCACGUUCUUUCUUGGCAGGACCUGGUCUCUCCAGGGCAGGAUGGCCCAGGAGCUCAGUGAGAAGGAGCUUUUAAAGAUGGAGGUGGAGCAGCUGAAGAAGGAAGUGAAGAACCCAAGAGCUCCGAUUUCCAAGACAGGAAAGGAAAUCAAGGAUUACGUGGAGGCCGAAGCGGGAAACGACCCUCUUCUCAAAGGCAUCCCUGAGGACAAGAAUCCCUUCAAGGAAAAAGGCGGUUGUAUGAUAAGCUGAUGGCACUGGAGCCCCUCAUCCUGAAUGCCUGCCCCUCCUCAGCCCCCUCCUUAUCCAGAGUCAAGUAUCCUGGGACGCCCAGGGAACCAGGGAUGUUCACCUUCUCUUAGUCACAGAA